GACAUUUUUUUUUGUAUGAAAAAGACAUUUGUUUUUGUGCAGAAACAGGGGGAGGAUAAAUGUGACGUUUGUUCUGCAUCCAUUACUGAUGGACCUGAAGGAGAAGUUGUUAACACUCUGCUGUCUAACUUGAAUGAUUCGCAGGCUAAUGCAGUCUUGAUCUCUCUUGAUACAUUGAAGUGUCACCACAAGCCUUCGGUGGAACUCAUAUGGGGUCCACCUGGUACGGGAAAGACUAAGACAACCAGUGUCAUGCUCUUCAUACUAUUGAAAAUGAAGUAUAGAACUCUUACUUGUGCCCCAACAAAUGUAGCAAUAAAAGAAGUAGCUUCACGGUUGGUUAAGCUGAUCAAAGAGUCAUUUAAAAAUCUUUCUGCGGAAAUAGAUAUUGUUUGUCCUCUGGGUGAUGUUCUCUUAUUCGGGAAUAAGGACCGGCUAAAAUUUGGUCAAGGUAUUGAGGAGAUUUACCUUGAUUAUCGUGUUGAUAGGCUGGUGGAGUGCCUUGGACCGGUGACUGGUUGGAAACACUGUAUAAGUUCCACGAGCGGGUUUCUUGAAGAUUGCAUUUCUCAAUAUCACAUAUACGUGGACAAUGAGUUGAUCAAAGUUAAGGAACUUGCUGAUCAAGAGGAAGCUCGGAAGGAAAAAGAAAAAAUCAGCUCAUUGAUUGAUUUUGCUAGAUUCCGGUUUAAUUCUACAGCUUCAUCUUUGAGAAAAUGCAUGGUAAUGUUCUGUACUCAUCUACCCUUAUGUUUUAUUAGGGAGGAGACUUUUGAAAAAAUGGUACGCCUUAUCUACAUACUUGAUUGUUUGGAGAGAAUGUUAUUUCAAGAGAAUGUUGGAUCUAAAGAAGUGGCGGAAAUAUUUUCAUGUGAAAUCUCUUCCGAGGCAUUUUUGGGUGAGUUGUCUUUACCGUGUUUGAGAAGCCAGUGCCUCGUUCUUCUGAAAGAUGUUCGCCAAUCUCUCGGUAAACUGAGUCUUCCUAGUGCAAUGGGUAUGGAGUCGAUUAGAGAGUUCUGUAUACAAAUGGCUUCCUUGGUCUUCUGUACGGCUUCUAGUUCGUAUAAGCUUCAUUCAAUGGAUAUCAAGUGUUAUACCCUAUUUUAA